GGGGAUCCGAGUUGGUGGAUGACGUCGCUCUCACGUGACCAAGAGCUGACGUGUGCAGAAGUCCUUCUUGUCCUGGUCGUUGUUCCCGUCUGAGUACCAGCUCCCUAUUACCCUGAGGGCGGGCAGGCCUGCAACCGAGGAAAGAAGGAGGCAGAAAAGAAACUGUCCCUGAUCCCUGCAGUCUUUCCGUAGGUUGUGGUACCACGCCAGGCAAGAGAAGAGGAAGGAAAUUAACCAUAUCGGUGAAGGUCGAUUUGAGGGUCUGCUGUAGCAGGUGGCACUGCUUGAAGCAAGGGAGGAACUUUCCCCGGAUCAGCAGAGAUCAGAAAGAUUAUUGGGUGUGGCAAUACUUCACAGGCAAGGAAGAAGGGGCCAACUGCUUGUUUCCAGGAGGUUGACCUCCAGAACCAGUUACUGCGGCCUUGAAGUGCCUGAAGAAGCUCAUUCUCCACAGGCCUGCACUCAGGCCCUUAGCCGGCUCCCCCUAUUUUGAGUGACUACUCUAUUUCUUGGUCCCUGCUGUUGUCGGGGACGAUUGCAUGGGCUACGCCAGGAAAGUCGGCUGGGUGACUGCAGGCCUGGUGAUUGGGGCUGGAGCCUGCUACUGCAUUUACAGAUUGGCCCGAGGAAGAAAGCAGACUAAGGAGAAAAUGGCCGAGAGUGGCUCUGCCGACGUGGAUGAUGCUGGGGACUGUUCUGGGGCCAGGUAUAAUGACUGGUCUGAUGAUGACCGUGACAGUAACGAGAGCAAGAGUAUAGUUUGGUACCCACCUUGGGCCCGGAUCGGCACUGAAGCAGGGACCAGAGCUAGAGCCAGGGCAAGAGCCAGGGCUACAAGGGCUCGGAGAGCUGUCCAGAAAAGGGCUUCUCCUAAUUCAGAUGAUACUGUUUUGUCCCCCCAAGAGUUACAGAAAGUACUUUGUUUGGUGGAGAUGUCUGAAAAGCCUUAUAUUCUUGAAGCAGCUUUAAUUGCUCUAGGUAAUAAUGCUGCUUAUGCGUUUAACAGAGAUAUUAUUCGUGAUUUAGGUGGUCUCCCGAUUGUUGCAAAGAUUCUCAAUACCCGGGAUCCCAUUGUUAAGGAAAAGGCUUUAAUUGUCCUAAAUAACUUGAGUGUGAAUGCUGAAAAUCAGCGCAGGCUUAAGAUAUACAUGAAUCAAGUGUGUGAGGACACAGUCACUUCUCGAUUGAACUCCUCUGUGCAGCUGGCUGGACUCAGAUUGCUUACAAAUAUGACUGUUACUAAUGAGUAUCAGCACAUACUUGCUAAUUCCAUUUCAGACUUUUUUCGUUUAUUUUCAGCAGGAAAUGAAGAAACUAAACUUCAGGUUUUGAAACUCCUUUUGAAUCUGGCUGAAAAUCCAGCCAUGACUAGAGAACUGCUUAGCGCUCAAGUACCAUCGUCACUGGGCUCCCUCUUUAAUAGGAAGGAGAACAAAGAGGUUAUUCUUAAACUUCUGAUAAUUAUGGAGAACAUCAGUGACAAUUUCAAAUGGGAAGAAAAUGAGUCUGCUCAGAAUCACUUUAGUGAGGAUUCGCUUUUUUUCUUUUUAAAAGAAUUUCAAGUGUGUGCUGAUAAGGUUCUGGGAAUAGAGAGCCACCAUGAUUUUCUAGUGAAAGUAAAAGUUGGAAAAGUUGCAGCCAAACUGACUGAGCGUAUGUUUCCCCAAAGCCAGGAAUAACUUGGUGGCUUUGUAGUAAAGCAGCGACACACCUUGUAAACUGUUCCUUUCCUCCACCUUGUUUAUAUGGCGAAGGAAUCCUUUCAGCUACCGAGUUUGAAUAAUGAAUAUCAUACUGUUUCAUUGAUACUGAUAUUUAACUGAGUUUGUCUUCAGAUUUAAGCUGGAUGAAUGAAUAUCACUACUUGUCCUGAAAACAUGUUUGUUGCUUUUUAUCUUGAUGCCUAGAUUGAAAUAUUUUUACUGUUUCCUCUGCUUAAGUGACAGUGAACCAAUUCAUCCUAAGUAGGCUCCUUUCUGUCAUUUGCAUCAAUUUUAUUUGUGCAGCAUCAAUAAAGAUUUAUGUUAAUUCUGGAAAGAAACAAUAGAAGAAGAAAGAAACUAUCCUGUCCUUUGGUUUUAUAAUCUAGUUGUAGAGAUGCUAAAAACCAUACAAACAAAAAAACAACAACUAGAUCCCAAGAUUAUUUGGAGCAUGCAUUCUGUCAGAUGUGUGCCUUCAGAACAUGGAAGAGGCACAGGCUUUGAUGGCUGCUCCAUGAGUCAGUUAAAGCUUCAGGGAGGACAGAGCCAUUGAAAGGGAGUCCUGAAUGGGGUAGGGAAGUUAGUGCAUUCCGUGAGACCAGAGUCGAGAGGAAAUGAUGUGAGAAAGGCAUUAAUUUAGGAAACCUCAUGGUAGUCAAACUAGCCCUCUUAGAGUGGAGAGUGUAGGAAAUAGGAUCCAAAAAGUUUGGGAAAACUGUGUGAAGCCCAUUGCAGAAGGCUUGUUGAAUGUAUUUUUAACUAGGAAAGAAUUGGGGGUCAAUAUAAAUGUCCUCCCCACACACUGUCAUCAAGGAUGGUGUAGCAAAACGGAUCCUUUCCAACUCUGGUGGUGGGCAUUUGGCAAUACGUAUCAUUAAGCCUUAAAAUAUGCAAACCUUUGUCCUAAGGAGAUAAAUGAAUAAUUGGCCAAAGACUGAAUGUGCAAGGCUGUUCUUGUCAGCACUGUCUUAAGGUAGUUAACAUUGGGGAUAACUUCAGUUUUUACUAAGUAGUUUAAAGACUGUCCAUGCUGUGUGAUAAAUGUACUGAUGGAACUCAGUAUUGCUAGAAAAAGAUACUCAUCAAACAUUGUUAAGUGAGCAAGGUAAGUUAGAUAGCAGUAUUUAGAAUAUGAUCACAUAUGGGGGGUGGGGUUAAAUCAUGUUUAAAAAGACACUAAAAUCUAUGGAACUAUAUACACCCAGUAGUACUAAGAGUUAUAUUUGGAUGAAAGAUAAUGAGUGAUACUUACUUUUUGUACUUGUUAUUCAUCUAUGUUUUCUUAUUUAUCAAAAAAUAAAUAUUGAUUUUUUUAAGGAAGGUUUGGAAAAAGGAAAGUACUGAGAAAGCAGCAGGUGAUGAAUUUGAACAUGUACUGAGUGGAAAAUAUUGAGGUCCCAAAUGAAGUGGUCUGAUACCUCCACUCCAGAAUGAGAGAUGAUGGUGCAGAUAAGGCUGACUGUUGAGAUUUGAACUAGAGUUUAUGCAAAGCAACUACACUAUUCUUGCAUUUACCAGCAGUUAACUAAGGAAUAUGAGUACCUUUAAGUACCCAGAAUGUAGUGUUGGGUUUUGAUUAACUUUUGUUUUGCUGGGGCAUUCUUCUAUGUUUCAGUGUCAUUUAAUAAAUAAUAAGCAUAAGAAUAAUAAAGGUUAACAUUUACUAAGUGA